CGCUAGCCCGCGGCUAGCGCGCUUCGCAUGUCGAGAGGAACUGACAUGGCGCUCUGUCUGUAUUCGCUGGACCCACACCAUCUGGCAGUGGGAACGCACCAGCGCGCCUCGCGCCCGACCCGGUUGCGGUCUGCCUUGUCCUUUUUGACGUCACCAACCAGUUCGCCCGAUUCAAAACUUCACACAACUCCAGCGGGGAGAACGCACCUUUGCCAAUACCGGCUCGUUGCCAUGAAUCAGUAUACUGGGGUGCCGAGGCACAUAUGGUCCUCUGAUGACGUUCCCUUACGUCGGGGUGGCGCGUAGCAAGUCUCGCGCCUCCUCCACCGCGCCAACCGGGCAGAGCCCACCUCCGGCGACGCAGCAAUCGCAAUCCCGGGCGCGCAGGGGCCGCAGCCGUACGCCGCGCAGCCCUUCUGCCACUGGAUCCGAUAUCGACGAGCCCCGCCGGCGCCGACGCAGUGGCCGCCAGCAAGGCGGCGGCGGCGCCCUCGGCGGUGACGGCGGACCCCUCGGCGGGCUCCCCGGCAUCGGCGAAGCAGGCGAGACCGUGAACGGCCUCACCAAGGGCGCCACCGACACCGUCGGCGGCCUCGCCAAGAACACCCUCGGCGGCGUCACCGGCGGCGGCGGCGAGCAGAAGGCUGAGGAGGGCGGCGGAGACGACACGCUCAAGGUGCGCGAGGACGCUGCGUUACAGCUGCGUCUGGACCUCAACCUCGACGUGUGGGUCGAACUCAAGGCCAAGGUGCACGGUGACGUGACGCUGUCGCUGCUUCAGUAAUAAGUAACUAGGGAAAGCCUCUGAGCUUGACCGCCGAGCGCCAACGCGUCCUCAAGUCGCCGCCACCAUGGAC